AUGAAUAGUUUGAGGGCGAAAUUUAGCAUUAAGCUUUCAUUAAUUUUACCUACCCUAAAACCUGAAUACCAAAAAAAACACCUUCCCUGCCUCCCUGCUGCAGUCGUUCCCCCGUCGCCUCCGAUCCCCGUGCUUCACCUCUGUCCGUCGGCCUCUCCUCUCUUCUUUUCAUCGUCAUCGCCGUCUGUCGGCCAUCGGCCUCUGCUCCUCAUAUCUGUCCGUCGGCGUCGGAGUAAGGGGUCUCUUUCGUUUUCGCGCUGCCGCUGGUGAAGCUUCAAGGUAUCAAAGCAACGCGUCAAUGUCCAGCAAGAGGGCUUCGGUUCUGACCUUCAACUAUCUCACCGCUUUAUCUAUGGUACGUUCGUCACGGCGUUUCCCUCAUUCAGUCACAAUUUUCAGUAAGUUCCUCAGCACUGCCCCUGAAAGGUGGGAUUUUCAUAGCCCUAGUAGCACCUCUCAGUUUGAGGAUUCUCCUUAUGAUACCCCAAGUUCACUAGGUUAUGAGCAGAAACAAAAUGGGCAGGCCUUAAACCCAAACCAGGGUUUCGUGGUAUGUCCUAUGGAUGAUUAUGCGGGAAGUCCGGCUGGGGACAACCGUAAUAGCUACAAUAGUGGUUUACAGCCAACAAGAAAUCAGAUGGGUGCCAUGGGUCAAACUGGUUGGCAUCAUCAUAGCCAUGGGGAAACUAAUGGGAACUUAGAGAUAAGUCCAAACGGAAUUUAUGCAAAUGGUUCUUGGAAGGGUGCUGAGCCAGGGUUUCAUCAGAAUCAUGAUGGAAUGCACUGGGGAAACAAAAGAAAUGAACUGCAGGAUAACUCAGUUUAUGGAAAUGGAAACUUUAGAGGAUACGAGGCUGAUGCUCAAAGUACUUCCAAUAUGCAGAAUCAAGUAUGGUCAUAUUGGCAAGGGCCUAAAGAAAUCAGACAGAAUCAAUAUGACCUUAAUUUACCAAGGUUUACAGAAUCUCAAGGAAGCCAUCUGAAUUCGCAAGGCCCAAAUUUCAGCCAGUACCGGCAGAAGCCGCAAGAUGUUUAUAAUUUUAGUUCUUUUGGUCAAGUAACAAAUAACAUUAAUUUUUAUGGUCAAGUAUCUGCUACUUCUAAUCUCAAGGAAGAGUUAACUGAGGUUCCUGAAACUAUCUCAAAUAGUGCUACGGUUGAGAUGCUAGAGGAAUUUUGCAAAAAAGGGAAUGUUAAAGAAGCUGUAGAAGUUUUGGUGUUGAUGAAACAGCAGGGUGUUCAUGUGGAUUUGGCCCAAAUUUUGCAGUUAAUGAAGGCAUGUGGGGAAGUGAAAGCUUUACAAGAAGCGAAAACUGUUCAUGAACACCUCGUAGGAUCAUUUUCACCUCUCAAAAUAAGCAUCUAUAACAGGAUUUUAGAGACAUACUUAAAAUGUGGUUCUACAGAUGAUGCAUUUGAUGUGUUUGAAAAGAUGCCAAGGCGCAAUCUGACAUCUUGGGAUACUAUGAUAACAGGGCUUGCUAGGAAUGGGCUAGGGGAGGAUGCCCUUGAUCUGUUCUCUCAAUUUAAGCAGGCAGGCUUGAAACCAGAUGCCAAAAUGUUCCUUGGAGUGUUUUAUUCUUGUGGUGUCGUUGGUGAUAUUAAUGAAGGAAUGCUUCACUUUUCGUUGAUGAGCAGUGAUUAUGGUAUUGUCCCUUCCAUGGAGCAUUAUGUGGGUGUUGUUGACAUGCUGGGGAGUACAGGGAAUUUGGAUGAAGCAUUGGAAUUCAUUGAAAAGAUGCCAUUUGAAGCCAGUGCUGAUGUCUGGGAAACUUUAAUGAAUCUCUGCAGAACUCAUGGGCACUUGGAACUUGGGGAUCGUUGUGCUGAGCUUGUGAAGCAGCUAGAUCCCUCUCGCUUGAAUGAACAAUCAAAGGCAGGUCUCAUACCUUUGAAAGAUUCAGACCUUAAAAAGAAUGAGAAGAAGAAAUUGGCAAGUCAAAGUCCUCUUGAAGUCAGAAGCAGGGUCAACGAGUAUCGUGCAGGAGAUACAUCACAUCCUGCGAAUGAUAGAAUCUAUGCACUGCUAAGGCAUUUGAAAGAACAUAUGAAAGAAGCUGGUUAUGUUCCAGAGACAAGAUUUGUUUUGCACGAUAUAGAUCAGGAAAGUAAGGAAGAAGCUCUUCUUGCUCAUAGUGAGAGACUUGCUCUUGCUAAUGGUCUCCUCACUAGUCCAGCUCGGGGACAGAUUCGUAUUAUCAAGAACCUUCGUGUUUGUGGUGAUUGUCAUGCUGCAUUUAAGAUCAUGUCAAAGAUUGUUGGCAGAGAGAUCAUAAUGCGAGAUGCCAAGAGGUUUCAUCAUUUCAGUGAAGGGUUAUGCUCUUGUCGAGAUUUUUGGUGAUCAAAAAUAGAACUUGAGGCAAGGAACAAUGCUUGGCUUCUGAUUACUGGCAGUAUGUUCAGUAAUAGAUUUUUCAGAUCUGGUGUGCAGAAAGGUGGGAGCAAAAUUGAGUGAAUUUUUAACUAAGCUACCUUUUCAAUGUAAGAAAGUGAGUAAAAUCAUCCAAAUUAGCACUAACCUAUUCUGAAUAAAUAAAAGGAAACAAAUAAAGAAUAUUUUGAGGUUGCCACCCUCAUCAUACAAAGUCCAUAUUAAAGCUUCAUCUUUUAAAGAAGUCCAUAUUAAAGAAGCUUUUUAGUUUUUUUUGUCUUGCGGGGUCUAUAUUCCACUUCAUUUAAGGUUCCCGAUGUUUAUGGUGUUUUCCAAUUCAAGGUUGAGUACCAAAAGCUAGGGUAUACAAGUUUAUCCCUUUCAAAGCAGGUAACUAUUUGUGUUUUUUAUGAUCCUGGAUACAAAUUUCUAUCUUGAGACCUAAGUCUCUUACUAGUUAUCUCAUUUUAUUUGAAGAAUGGAAGCUUGUAACAAUAGAAGUUAAAAUUCGAGAAAUAUUUUUCUUUUUCUCUUUUCUUAUUAGCAAAUUUGUUUCAUUUUCCCCUAUCCAAGUAUUGUCAUAUAUGAUUGCCUUUAUGGAGGGAGCUAUUGCUUUGGGUCUUUCGUAGUAUAUAUUUUUCGAAUUUGUUACGUAAUUUGCUAACAUAUGGAAUUGGAUUGCAUUUUCCUGUCAGGCCAUAUAGAGACAAUGAAUAUGAAAGAUUCAUACCUGCUGCUUACCCUUAUUAUGGAGCUGCAUUUUCUAUGAUGGCAGGAUUCUUCAUCUUCUCCUUUGUCCACCUCCACGGCAAGUAAAGCUGUAGCAUCUCUAGCAUGCAGGCCAUGGACCGUUGGAGUCGAAAUUUUUGAGUACAAUGAUGCAAUUGAAAUGUUUAGAGUUUUGAAUUUUAUGCGUUAUGAUAUUUAUCGGUUAAAGAAAAAAAAAAUGCCCGUAGAGAUAUCCGUUAAGUUUCC